AUGUCUGAUAUGCUACCAUUGGCCACUUACAGCUUGAAUGUGCUGCCAUACAUUCCAACUCCAGCCAUCGAUAUUGAGAUGCCAGUUACUGUGCGUAUUACUAUGGCUGCCCUGGAUCCUGAGGCUUUAGAUGACCAAAAACAGCCAUCUACUUUGAGAAUUGUCAAGAGAAACCCAAACUUUGACGAUGAAGAAUACGAUGAUUUGCUAAAUGGCGACUAUGACGAGGACGAAAUGGCCUCCGAUGACGAAGAGGAAGAAGAAGAAGAAGAAGAAGAAGAAAAGCCAGCAAAGAAGUCUAAGAAGUCUAAGGGUAAGAAGAAGGACGAAUCCGAGGAUGAGGAAGAAGAAGAAGAAUCUGAUUCUGAUUUGGAUGAGGAAGACGAUGACGAUGAGUUCGAAGAAUACGUCUUGGCUACUUUAAGUCCGAAGACCCAAUACCAACAAACCUUGGAUCUAACUAUUGCUCCAGAAGAAGAAAUCCAGUUCAUUGUCACUGGUUCUUAUGCCAUCUCAUUGGUUGGUAACUACAUCAAGCAUCCUUUCGACACUCCAAUGGGUGACAUGGACGAUAGCGAAGAUGAAGACGGUUCUGAUUACGAUGAUGAGCUAUCUGACUCUUACUACAACGACCAAUACUCUGACGACGAUGCUGAAGACAGUGACGAACACGAUUUGACUCCAGACGAGGACGAACUUGCCCCAGCUGGUUCUGUUGAAGAGAUCGAAGCUUCUGAGGAGGAAGAAUCUGAAGAAGAGGAAAAGAAGAGCAAGCACAAGAAGCAUGACCAUCACCACCAUCACGACCACGACCACGACCACGAUCACGAACACAAGUCUAAGAACAAGAAGAGAAAGCAAGAGGAAGAAGAACCAAAGAAGGAACACAAGGACAAGAAGGUUAAGUUCAAGAAGGAUUUGGAAGAAGGACCAACCAAAAAGGAAAAGGCUGAGUCAAAGAAGGCCGAUAAGACCCCAAAGAGAAGAACUCUUGAAGGUGGUGUCGUUAUUGAAGAUCGUACCGUUGGCGAUGGUCCAGCUGCCAAGAAGGGUGACCGUGUUGGUAUGAGAUACAUCGGUAAGCUAAAGAACGGUAAAGUUUUUGACAAGAACACCAGUGGUAAGCCAUUUGUGUUCAAGCUAGGCCGUGGUGAAGUUAUCAAGGGAUGGGACGUCGGUGUCGCAGGUAUGUCUGUUGGUAGUGAACGUAGAAUUAUUAUCCCAGCCCCUUACGCUUACGGUAAGCAAGCCCUACCAGGAAUCCCAGCUAACUCUGAGCUGACUUUCGAUGUCAAGUUGGUGUCCAUCAAAUAA